AUGGCUACAGGGAGCAGUAGUAGCACUAAGGGGUAUGGGGAAGAGGUUGAGGAAUUGCUCAAUCGACUCGAUCUGCAUGAAGACGAUGGAGAUGACUUCGUCUGGGAAGAGGUGCCGGAAUUGCAAGGAGUUCAGGCGAAGUGGCUGGCUAUCGCGAAGGUGCACACAAAUAAGGGAUUUAGCCCUUCGGCCCUAUAUUCCGACAUGAGAUCUGCCUGGAAUCCAGCGAAGGCUGUUCGCUGGCGCUUGAUUGAUAGCAAUCUGUUCACUGUGCAAUUCGGCUGUUUGGGUGACUGGAAUACUGCAAUGAUGAAUGGACCUUGGUUAUUCAGGAACCAAGCUGUUAUGAUGAUGGAAUAUGACGGGUUUACAAAUCCUGGAUCGAUAGUCUUGGACAAAGUGGCGGUUUGGGCGAGAAUUCUAAGGUUGCCUCACAACUACCUGAAUGAGGUCGUGAUAAAAGGAAUGUGCAGGAAGAUAGGGCAAAUUCUAGAAGUGCAGACCCAGUUGCCAGCAGGCUAUGUGGGUGCUUUUUGUCAGGGUUAA